CUGGUGUGCAUGGCGUGUUGGAGGCACUUCACAAGACAGAGCAGUAGCAGGGACUUGUUCCUGUUCAUACUGGUGGGAACUUCUCUGCUAGUGCUGUGCGGAAGCAGGCUGUUUCCACUGAUUGCAUGGGAUGCUUGUCUGGGUUCAGGGUUGCUGCCAGGAUGACCCUCGUCUGCUGUGUGUUCUGUGCAGCCUUCAGCAGGUCUGUCAGUGCGAGUCUUCUCACCCAAGUCUCCCUGAGUUGUUUUGACUUGAGGUCCUCAUUGGCCAGUGGUGCUGGAGCCCUGCUGGCAUUGCAGUCAGUACAGGAACCUGUGGUGCCUGAGCUCAGGUGUUUCCCUCCAGUGAGAUGUAGCUCUGAGCUUGUAGGUGACUGAUACCAUCUUCUCAUCCCAGCCUGCCUAAAGUAGGCAAGCACUCUGCAAGAGUUCUGUCUGCCCUGGACCUAUAGUAAAGGUGACUAAUUCAGCUUGAUAAGAUAAACACUGAGCUUUAGUAGUCAGGUACCUGUGCUGGGAACUAACUCUUGAGGGCUCCUCAAUGUAGCAAAGGUGUAGCUGGAUGUAGUGGUUGAAAGCUGAAACUAGACGGACACGUUUGGAGCUUGCUCUUAGCCAUUAAAUCAACAUAAAGCUCAGCAGCUUUCAGGACUUGUACUUACUGCAUUUCCCACAGCUGGAGCUUUGAGUGGCUCUUGAGGAUGCUCUAGUUCCUGCUACACUUUCUUGGCCCCUGCUGCAUGUGGAGAGUGGAUAACCUUGGCAGUGCCCAGGACCUUAAGUAUUACUUACUACAAUGGGUCUGCCAGUGAUGCCGUGUGGCUUCUCUGGCAGCAAUCACUGGUCAGGAGCCCAAAGCUGAUUGUAAAAGCACUGCUCUGUGGAGGCUGUGGGCCAGCUCUGCUCUUGAAGACCUUCCACCAGGGUCAGGCAGAGAGCAUCGUGCAGAUACUGCCACCACCAUGGAGGGGAUUGUGACCAUGUAUCAGGACUUCAUGAAGAAAGCAGACCCCCGCAUCGCUGAUUAUCCACUGAUGCAAUCCCCGUUCCUUGUGAUGGGCAUCCUCCUGGCGUAUGUCUACUUUGUACUAUCCUUGGGUCCCCGAUUAAUGGCCAACAGGAAGCCUUUAAACCUAAAGAAGUUCAUGGUGCUAUACAACUUCUUUCUGGUGGGCCUCUCUCUUUACAUAGUCUAUGAGUUCCUGAUGGCGGGGUGGCUUACUGGGUACACCUGGAGAUGUGACCCUGUGGACUUCUCGCAGGACCCCAAGGCCCUCAGGAUGGUCAGUGUUGCUUGGCUCUUUGUCUUCUCAAAGUUCAUCGAACUGACAGACACGGUGAUCUUUGUCCUGCGGAAGAAGAAUGAACAGGUCACAUUCUUGCACCUCUUCCACCAUUCUGUUCUGCCUUGGAGCUGGUGGUGGGGAGCAAGGUUUGGUCCAGGGGGAAUGGGCUCAUUCCAUGCCAUGAUCAAUUCCAUGGUGCAUGUUGUCAUGUACCUGUACUAUGGGCUCUCAGCAGCAGGACCUGCUUUCCAAAAGUAUCUGUGGUGGAAGAAGCACAUCACAGCCAUCCAGCUGGCACAGUUUGUGAUUGUCUCUGUCCACAUCUCUCAGUAUUACUUCAUGCCCAGCUGUCAGUACCAGUUUCCCAUCUUCGUCCACCUCAUCUGGAUUUAUGGGACCAUCUUCUUCAUCCUCUUCUCCAACUUCUGGUACCAGUCCUACACAAAGGGCAAACGGUUGCCUAGGGUGGCUCAACAAGCAGCCCAGCACAACGGUAGCAGCAUCCACGAGAAUGGCACUGUCACCAACGGCAAGGUCAAAGCCAACUAGAGGGCAAGGCCCUCCCAGAGCCAAUGAGAGCCCCGGGGCAGAGGCAGCUGGGACCUGUUCCCCUGCUCCUGGGUACCACUAGCCAAGUCAAGUGCCUACAGACUGUUGUACCCCUGUGCCCAAGCCCUGCUGUCCUGUCUGCAUGCCCAGCCCCUCUGCUCUGAGCAGCUAUGGGCAACUUCUCCUUGGAGGGCUUGUGCUGUUUCUCAGUGUUGCUGAGCAGAGAGGCAGCUGCCUGCAUCACAGCUGUGGGGCUGCAGUCCCAUUCCAGUGUUUCCAAAGGAACUUCCCCAAGUGCCUACAUCUGGCCCUUCUGCCUGGGGCCUAUUUCCUUCUGAGUAGGACCAAAAGAAGAGACUGCUCCCUGUCCUGGUGCCCCUUCCUCUUCCCUGUCUCAUGAGAGCCUGUGUGGAUGAGCAGGCUUGUCCCUGGCUGCUUGCUGCUGCCAGCUCCAGCGUGAGUGCUCCUGCUCUACCGUGCCUUGUGCCACUUUGUUCCAUGCCACAGUGCUGCAUGUCCCUUUUAACCCCUGUGUGCCCAGGGUGGGAGGUCCUGCCCUGGCAUAGCUGUGCUCAGGUGUAGCGAUGGAGAAUGUAGUGGUGGUGUAUAUGGAACUCAAGGGCCCAGACCUGCCCAGUACAGUACACAUGCUGUGUGCCUACUAUGUAGCAGGGGUUGUGAUGGCCUGAAAUGCCUCUCCCACACGCUAAGCCCAGGUUGCCUUGCCUUUCUGUGCCUGAGCUAGGUGCUCAGUGUGUGCUUCAGCCACACUUACAUGAUCCUGUAUGGCAGCUGGUGCCUUGCUCCAGAGUGGGGGAGGCCAAGCUCAGCCUUGCCUUGGACCAUUUCCAUUCCUGCAUACUCAAGACUUGAGCAAUAAUUGCCCCUUGAAUCAGCUCUUGGGCUUUCCCGCUUGGG